AUGGAUGUUCGAGAUGUCCUCGGGUAUAGCUCUAGUGGUAAUCCCUCUGGUAAACGAAGUAUGAAGCCGCCUGAUCCCCCGACUUUGGGACUUGGUAAAUCUAGUGAUCCUCUUGCAGAACCCAGGCCCAAGGCUCCGAGAACGGACGAUUAUAAUGGAUUAGGAUCAAAGUUGGAUUCUCUUAAAGAAACAGAUGGUGACAUUUUGGCGGGCGGUCGAAGUGAGGCUGAUGAUGAACUUGGCAUGGUUAGUGAGGAUGACAUAACUGAGUCGACUGUGAGGAAAAUGUGCACUCUCCUUGAAAAGCGUAUUUUGGCCAAUCAGGAAGCUCGCACCAAAUUCCCAGAUCAACCGACCAAAUUUAUGGACUCAGAGGUUGAGCUGCAGGAGACUCUUGAGAGCAUGCAGAUAUUGGCGGCGAAUCCAAAUCUCUAUGGUGUUUUGGCUGCUCAGACGCGGCCUCUUCAUUUGCUGAUUGGUCUGCUGUCGCAUGACAACACAGACAUUAGUGUCAAUGUCAUAGACCUCCUUCAUAGUCUUCUUGAGCCAACUGGUCUGAAGGACUCUGACUCCGAUGCUGUUGGGCCUCUGUUGGAGUUUUUCUUUUCAAAUCAACUGGUACAGCUUUUAACACAGAAUCUGUCGCGUCUUGAUGAAUCAGUUCGUGACGAGGCUGACGGUGUUCACACAACCCUUGGUAUUAUCGAAAGUCUUUUGGACAUCCGUCCUGAUAUGGCAGUGACCAUCGCUCAGCAGGGUAUAUAUUCUUGGCUCCUGCGACGAAUUCAAAGGCGACAAUUUGAUAAGAACAAGCUCUAUGUGUCUGAAGUGUUGGCUAUUCUCCUUCAGCUAGACGAUGCCAAUAAGACGCGUCUGGGUGAGAUGGACGGAAUUGACGUUCUACUACAGCAGCUUGCUGCCUACAAGCGUCACGAUCCGGGUAGCCGAGAGGAGGCGGAAAUGAUGUACAAUCUCUUCGACUGUCUCUGCUCUACUCUCAUGCUUGCUCCAAAUAAAGACAAAUUCCUCAAAGGGGAGGGUGUUCAGCUAAUGAAUUUGAUGCUGCGCGAAAGGCAUGCUGCUCGCGACUGUGCAUUGAAGGUGCUGGAUUAUGCGAUGUCAGUGGUGGCGCCGGGUGAAAGUGGCAGUGGUGGAGCUUUCCUACUUUCAGAAGGCGAGGCGGCAGCCGCCGCAAAUUGCAAUAAAUUUGUGGAGGUGCUCGGUCUACGCACUAUUUUCCCCCUUUUUAUGCACAGUCCCCAAGCCAAAGGGGCUAAACUAGCCGCAGCAAUUCGUGAAAAGUCGCUCCCUGGACCUACCUCAGCGGAGAUGGAGGAGCAUAUAAUCAGUAUUGUGGCUGCUCUAUUGCGACAAUGCACCGGUGCCUAUCUCCAUCGCGUGUUGGCCAAAUUUACAGAAAAUGAGCACGAGAAGGUGGAUCGACUGGUGGAGCUGCACUUCCAGUAUCAUGAGCGGGUAACUAAAGCGAAUGCGAAAAUUGAAAGUUUUCGCGAACGCCUGUCCAAGCGUCCGGAUAUUGGCAAGGAAGAGCUGGAUGAAGUAGUCGCCUUGAAGCGCAUGGACAGUGGUCUUCUCUCCCUCCAACUGAUUGACGUCUCUCUCCUUUUUAUUGCCGUCAAUGGGGCAUCCUCUAUUUUUCCAUGCAUUCAACGCUUCCUGAAGAUGCGAGGUGUGUCAACAUCAACGCUUGUAGAGACUGUCAGAGACUACGCAGAGAGUCUGGGUGAGAGUCGAACCGCCAUGACGACGGAGAAAGCGCGGGUUUUGCGUCUCAUUGGCAAAUUCGGUGAAUUGAACUCCAAAUCCUCCUCAGCUGUUGCCGGUGAUCGCAACCACCCUCCACUUUAG